GCCCAUCCCUUUUUAACAUUCAAGUACUUGCCCUCUCUCUCUCCUAUUUUCAUUUUUAAAAAAUUUUAAUGGGUAACUGUUUACGGCAUCAAUCAUCAACACAAUGGGCCGGCGACGACUGGGGAACAACGGCGGCUGACUACGGCGACGACGACGGGUUUUCUGACAUUAAAACGAAAGAAAAGGGUAUUGUAGGAGAUCAUCAUCAAAAAGAUGGUUUUAUUACAACAUCUUCGACUCCAACUGUUCAUGAAGUUAAAGUGAAGAUAACGAAGAAGCAGUUGGAGGAAUUAUUAGGUAGGGUUGAUGUAAAGGAGUUAUCAGUACAACAGGUUUUAGCACAGUUGAUUAAUGUUAGUAAUCAAUUUGAUGAAACAAAUCAACGGUCAUGGAGGCCUGCACUACAAAGCAUUCCUGAGGUGAAUUGAGCUGAUCAUGAAGAAAAAAAAAUGAAACCCAGAAUUUUUGUUCUUUCUAUUGGGCGGGGGGGGGGGGGGAAUUCUUGUAUGGCAUAUGGUUUAAUCGAUUUUCUCGGGAAAGUGAUAGAAAAUAGAGAGCAAAGAAGAAAAAUUCGAUGGGGUUUUUUUGAUCAGUUUGUAUAUAGAAAGAACAUGGUGUUUUUGUUUGUAUAGAAUUAAAAGAGGCCCUUUUUCAUUUUACGAAUGGUAAAUUAGAAUUUUUUCUCUUAA